AUGGCGAACAUGGAUGCGGCCACCCAUGGAAACCCGAAUGAGGUCGCAAUGGGCAGGACACAGGCGACAUUGAAUCAGGAACAGCCGGAGCAAUCGCAGCAGGCUGUUACCCCAGGAAAUGAUGGCAUUCUUUCGGAUGCGCCAGCGGGAUCUGGAUCUCGAAGUCCGGCGAAGAAGACCGCCUUCAACUUCCUUGACCUUUUGACAUCCCCGAGCGUUGAGAUUGUCGUCGGUCAAGGUGACAACGAAACGAUUCUCAACGCUCACCAAAACCUUCUGCUGGACUCACCAUAUCUCGCCAAAUUCAUAUACAAGUUUGAGGACUCUUCUCCAGUAAGAUUCCUGCUCGUCUUCUGUUGCUUGCUCUCGAAGACUGACCCCGUUUUCCAGCAUCGCAUCAACCUUCCCGAUGAAGAUGUCGAGGCGUUCGUAUCCUUCCUUGAGUUCCAGUACACGCGUGACUACACUGUUAAAAAGCAAGACAGACCCUCCGGGUCGGAGGUACCCGAGGGCGACUUCGAUCAGAGUGGCGAAGAGUUGCUGCAGCAUGAGCGCAUUUACACACUGGCAGAAACAUUGCGCAUGCCAGCCUUGAAGAGCCUGGUGCAUACUAAGAUCCACCACAUCAAGGACACCCCCAAGGGCGAGUUGGCAUACGCCAGAUAUGUCUACGCCCAUACCACAAAAGAUGAAAUUGCCAUUCGGAAGCCUGUUGCCUCAUACUGGGCUUCGCGAGGCCAUAUCCUACAUGAGAUCCAAAAGGAUUGGGCCAAACUGUGUCAUGAAGUACCGGAAUUUACAUUUGAUGUUUUGACAAUGUUGAUGGAUCGGAGGGAGAAGCCUGGCCAGUCGGAGACAGAAUCAAGUCCAAGGGGACGGAAACGUCUGAGAGCAGCCGACAAGUAA